UGGUUUUAGGCCUGGGGUAUUAUUUACCCCACUGGACUGAAACAUAUACUUACAGAAUAAGUUAUAGUUUAUUAAAACCAUGGUUGAAUGAAGGCUUGCAUCAGCCUUAUCACUGAGUUUGGUUUGCCCCUGAUAGUGACUGAAGCUUGAGGUUGUUGUGGUACGAUAAUAUAUUUGUAUAUAAUAUUGGCAGCUGUUUCUUCGCGUGCAGUGUGAGUUUACAUUUACUACAGUAUUCUAGUGAGGGAUUGAGAGAACAUCAUCGGGAAUCAUCAUGUCUCAGUCAGGUGAAGGUUUGCAAGUGGUGGUAUACUCGCAAGAGCUUGGUAAUUUCACUCUGGAUGAAGUUAUGUUAAGUCGGAUCCUGCUACGAGAGGAUGUGAAGGAUCUGCCCGUGGUGCUGGUGAGCGUAGCUGGCGCCUACCGCGGCGGCAAGUCCUUCUUGCUAAACUUCUUCCUGCGUUACCUUACAGCGCCGGAGCAAAGACGAAAUGAGAAUGGCGAGUGGCUUGGCAACGGUGACGAUCUAUUAACAGGAUUCAGCUGGCGAGGGGGUGCGGACCGACACACCACCGGCAUGCUGAUGUGGUCGGAACCUAUAUUCGCUACUCUACCAUCGGGCGAUAAGGUUGUGGUGUUGCUGAUGGACACGCAGGGCAUAUUCGACAGCAGUAGCACGGUGCGCGACUGCUCCACCAUCUUCGCGCUCUCCACGCUGCUCAGCUCCGUGCAGAUAUACAACCUCAAGGAGAACGUCAAGGAGGACGACCUGCAGCAUUUGCAGUUGUUUACAGAAUACGGAAAACAGUUGAAGAAAGACAAUGGAAAGAAGCCAUUCCAAGUGUUGGAGUUUGUCAUCAGAGAUUGGCAGUACGAUUACGAUUAUGCCUACGGACAGAGCGGCGGCGAGGAACUAUUGGCAAAAAGACUAGAAAUUACUGAGGGGAUGGCCACAGAGCUGCGCGAGUUGAGACAGCACAUCCGCUCCUGCUUCGAAAGGGUCACGUGCUUCCUGAUGCCGCAUCCCGGCUUCGAAGUGCGCAAGAAGUCGUUCGCCGGAGAAAUAUCUAAACUCGAUGAAGAAUUUAAAACGGCGCUAAAGGAACUAGUGCCUUCAAUACUUGCCCCAGCUAACCUGACGCCCAAGUUAAUCAAUGGCGGAAGGGUCACUGCCCGAGACCUCUUCACUUACUUCAAAACUUACAUGACAAUAUUCAACAGCAAUACGAUGCCGCCAAUAGAAAGUAUUAUGAAGGCGACAUCAGAGGCAGCGCUGUUGGCGGCGAUGCAGGUGGCUCGGGAGCUGUACGAGACGAGGAUGGCGCGCGUGACAGCGGGCCUGAGCCUGCCGCGCCCGGCGCUGCAGCAGGAGCACGUGGCCGCCCUACAGGCCGCGCGCGCCGCUUGCAUCGAUAAAAAUAAAAUGGCUUCCACGAAGGACGUGAACGAAUCCUUGGCGCGGUUGACUCAGGAACUAGAAGCGCUGCUCCCACAAUACUUACUGAUAAACGACGGGAAUCUUCAAAAGGCUCUCGGAGAAGCCAAGGAUGCGUACGAGGCGUCGGUGCGGAGAGUCCACGGCGCUGAUUUACUGUGCGUGCACCCGAGCGACCUGCAGACCAUACACAAUGAGGCGGUCGCCGCGGCUCUCAGGGUCUUCGACGCUAGACGAAAGCAGUACCCUGGUAUACCCGAUGACAAUAGAACCAAAUUACUUGAGAGCUUCCUGCCGCGACUGGACGAGCUAAAUACUCUGAACAACGAACACAAUAGACUGUUCGUGGCAGACGCGAAGCUAAGUUUCAUGGGAGAAGUGGAGCGACUUCUGGCGAGAGACCCGCCGCUCGGGCCCUAUGAGUUCCGCAAUGAGUACAACAGAGCUAAAAACAGAGCCGUCGCGGCGUUCAAACGUAGGAGGAACAUGCCAUCCACCUACUACGCAGAUGUAUAUGAAGAUGACUUAUUGAGGAGUAUCGAGAACCGUUACUACAUCAUUCGAGAGAUCAACAGAAACACGUAAUUAACAAAUAGUGUAUGAAAUAAAAUAAUAAAGAAAAAGCUGGAGAUUAUGUUUAAUGUGAACUAUAAAACUCUAGAUUGUAUCGUGUCCUUCAACGCGGAUCUAUUAUGCCUAAAAAAAUUUAGUAAAAAUGCCAUUAACGAUAUUGCAAUUUAUUAUGACAUGUUAUACACUAGCGACCCGUCCUGGCUUUGCUAUAGUAGCAGAACAUCAUGGCCUGAAAAUAUUCCCAUAACAAAUUUGUCGCGGUUUCAACCAAGACUAAAGUUUUUCUUAAAUAAAAGUUUAGCUUGGUAUUUUUUCCAGAAUUAUUAGUAGCCUAUGCCCUUCCUAGGGCCUCAAACUAUCUUCAUAAUAAUUAUCAUCGAUAUCCAUUCAGUACUUUUGAGUAUAUCGCGUUCACACUGACGAAGAGACACGCGGCGGGGGACUUUGUUUUAUAUGUAUAAGGAUAAUUAUGUAUGUAAGGAUAAUGACUGCCCCAGUGGCAGUAGUUAUAUAGCACAGUACAACACGUCAUAGUCCCAGGUUCGACUCCCGGGUCUGGCAUAGUGAUUCUUCUUCCUUCUUCCUCGUGAGUGAUAUGUAUUUCUCAUAACUUCAGCCCAUUAUUUUAUCUCUUCGGAAAUAAAUUUUCUGACAUUUUUAUCA